AUGGCAAGAUGUAAUCCGUUAAGCCUACUACAUUCAAGACGAAGAAGGAGGCGCCAGCUCAGAAGGCCAAUUCCGAUAGAGAUUCGAACCAAAGGACCGAACAACGCAGACGUAUGGCGGAUCGCCAUGUUAUCCUACGACCCUAAAUCCAACACAAAUGUCAUAUCCCAAAGCCUCGUCACGAACGUGCUGGGAGCACAUAUACAUCCCCUCGACAAGGAGACCAUAUCACAUGGGAAGGAGCAGAUGAAUAUCCAAGAGGUUGAUGGAUAUGUUGAUCUAUACUGGUGCUUCGAGCAAAAUAGCAAAAGACUACACAACACACGAUUUCUCGUCACAUCGUCCCAAAAUGCUCCCUACGAUGCAGUACUCGGCAGGGGGGACGCAGAGCAUUACGGCAUGCUUGAAUCGAAGGCAUGA